AUGAGGGUGAGGGGGAGGUGGGCGCUGUCGUGGGCGCGCCCCGCAUACCCACAAACAGGUGCGUGUGUGCCAUACAUACAUACCCACAUACCCCACCUACCAGGCUGUGUGCGUGUGGCUUGCUUGUGUGUCAAUCAAUCGAUCGAUCAAUCAGCUGUUCGGAGGGGAGAGUUGCGGCCAAGGGUUCCUCGUCAACCAUGGACACAGUCGGGUGAGCACACACACACACACACAACACAUGCGUCCGUGUGUUGUGUAUGUGUGUCUCCUUCUCUGUUUCUUCCCCUAUCUGCUCUGCCCUAUUUACCUCAGUCGUGAAGAACGAUAUCAAGGCCGAGAACGUCACUCGAGACCCCCAGGGGCAGCUGAGGCUGAUCGACUUGGGCUUGGCCAAGGCACAGGGCCUCCCCGACGACCCAAGUGAUCAUGAGAUGGUGAGCCGAGGCAACGGAAAAGGGAUAAACACGCGCCUCCAUCCAUCUCUCUCUCUCUCUCUCUCUCUGUGUGUGUGUGUGUGUGUGUGUGUCUUCAGCCACGCGGCCGACAGAGUUGCGACUGA